AUGCUCGUCGCCCCUCUCGCCGCCCUCGUCGCCCUCGCCGGCCUCACCCUCGCCCAGUCGGACUCGGCCGGCUCGCAAACCUCGUCGGCCGCCGUCCCCGUGUCGACCGCCGCCGUCCCCGGCUGCGCCCUCACCUGCGUCCUGUCCACCUUGCCCUCGUCUCCGUGCGCGGCAUACGGCGUGGGCAACCUCACCUGCAUCUGCACCUCGUCGGAAUUCCAGCUCGCCUACUACCAGUGCCAGCAGUCGACCUGCUCCGAGACGGACCUCAACGCGGCCGAGCAGUACGGCGCCCAGAGCUGCGAGUCGAACGGCACGCCCAUCAACAUCGACACGACGCCCUCGGGCUUCAGCUCGGGCGCCUCGUCGACGCCCGCCUCGUCCGCCGCCAGCUCGGCCUCGUCGGUCGCCGCGUCCGCCGCGUCGUCCAUCUCGUCGGCGGCGUCGCCCGCAGGCUCGAGCGGCGGCGCCAACCCGUCGGCCUCGGCCUCGGGCUCUGCGCCUGCCGCGAGCGCGUCGGGCUCGAGCGACGCUGGGCGUGCGGUGCUCGGCGGUGCGGUCGGCGCGCUCGCGGCCGUGGCGGGACUCGUCAUUCUCGCCUGA